CGUUACAAAAGGAUUUGCGAAAAGGAGGAAAGAGGAUUCUAGGUUUCGGAACUGGUUCGAGUGGUGUGAGAUCAAAGCAUAAAUUAGUAAUAAAAAAAAGGUGGAAUUUAUUAUAGUAGUAAUAUUCUGUCUAUUAGGCCUUAGCUGCUCUACCUUUUUCUCUGUCUCUCUCUAUUUCUCUUGUGAGGAGGAGGAAGGAGAAAUAUCAGAUCAUUCAGUAACGCAAUAGAACUAAAUAAAAGCAAUAAUAAUGGGAGGAGGCGGUGGUGGUUCAGUGAAAGAUGUGAAGUCGAAGGGUGAGCUUGAUAGUCUGCGGCAGAGUGGAGCACCGGUUAUCCUUCACUUCUGGGCGUCGUGGUGCGAGGCUUCCAAGCACAUGGACCAAGUCUUCUCCCACCUCUCUACCGAUUUCCCCAACGCCCACUUUCUUAGGGUAGAAGCAGAAGAACAACCUCAGAUAUCUGAGGAAUACUCGGUUUCUUCUGUGCCUUUCUUUGUCUUCUUUAAGGAUGGUAAGGUUGUUGAUAAAUUGGAGGGUGCAGAUCCAUCCAGUCUGGCCAACAAAGUUGCCAAGGUUGCUGGGUCAAUUAACCCUGGAGAAGCUGCAGCUCCUGCUAGUCUUGGGAUGGCUGCUGGACCCACUGUCCUUGAGACAGUCCAAGAUUUGGCAAAGGAAAAUGGCUCAUCCCAGAUCGGAAAUCAAGUGCAACCUGGCCUCAGUGAUACACUUAAAACGCGACUGCAGCAGCUGAUCGACUCUCAUCCGGUAAUGCUAUUCAUGAAAGGAAGCCCUGAGGAACCAAAGUGUGGUUUUAGCAGAAAAGUUGUUGACAUUUUGAAGGAUGAAAGGGUCAAAUUUGGAACAUUCGAUAUUUUAUCCGACAAUGAAAUUCGUGAGGGUUUUAAGAAGUUCUCUAACUGGCCAACAUUUCCUCAAAUCUAUUGCAAAGGAGAACUUCUUGGUGGGUGUGACAUAGCAAUUGCCAUGCAUGAGAGUGGUGAGCUGAAAGAAGUUUUCAGAGAUCAUGGAGUUGAUGUUAGUGGGACUGAACAGGGAACCGGUGGCAUCUCAGCACCCUCUGGAUUGAGUACAAACUUAGCUUCACGCAUGCAAAGCUUGAUUAAUUCAAGCCCAGUUAUGCUGUUUAUGAAGGGAAAGCCUGAUGAGCCCAAGUGUGGCUUCAGCCACAAGGUAGUUGAAAUCCUUGAACAUGAGAAGGUUGAUUUUAAGAGUUUUGACGUACUAUCAGAUGAUGAAGUUCGGCAAGGGCUGAAAGUUUUCUCAAAUUGGUCUAGUUACCCCCAAUUGUAUAUUAAAGGUGAACUUAUUGGUGGAUCAGACAUUCUGUUAGAGAUGCAGAAAAGUGGGGAACUUAAAAGGGUUUUAGCUGAGAAAGGCAUCACUAAGAAAGAGAGUAUAGAGGACCUUGUAAGAAGUUUGAUCUCAUCUUCACCGGUGAUGCUCUUCAUGAAGGGUACCCCUGAUGCUCCAAGAUGUGGUUUUAGCUCUAAAGUUGUCAAUGCCCUGAGGGAGGAAGGUGCGACUUUUGGGUCAUUUGAUAUAUUAACUGAUGAGGAAGUGAGACAGGGAUUGAAAGUCUUCUCAAACUGGCCGACCUUUCCUCAACUUUAUUACAAAGGUGAGCUUAUAGGAGGUUGUGAUAUUGUCCUGGAGCUGCGAAACAAUGGUGAGCUGAAAGCUACACUGUCUGAGUAGGGUGCGUUGAUUUGUUAAAAUAAGAUAUUGGGACAAACCUUACAAACCUUGGCUUCAAUUUCAGUCGUCCAAGUUGAAUGUGUGUCAAUUGACAUUACUUCAAAACGAUUUUUCUGGUUUUAGUUUUUGUCUUCAAACUCCCAUUACUAAUGUUGUCGUGAGUUAUGAUCAAGUGUACUUCCUGUUAUAGCACAAUUUGCUUCUUUGAGCCUUGCUAUAAUUGAUAAAAGUUCAGUAUUGAGAUGU